AUGAACGACGCGAAGACUGGAAAGCUAUCCAUGCUGGAAGGGCUCGGCUGGGCUGGCGGGGGUAAACCGCGCCAGGCUUAUAGGGCCUUUAUGGCCCCCAGGACCAAAGCGAGCAACAGAAAGGGCAGUGUUGAAAAAAGAGGAGAUCCACGCGAUAGCUAUGGCCAGCGUAAACUUCAAGCUGUGAAGCAGCUUCCCAAGAAGCGCCUGUCUCUGUUUCGAUUGUACGGGUCGCCGGGGCUUAGAGAGUACCUGGUGCAUCACAGCGAAGUCAGCGCUGCGGCAGUUGAUGCCAUUGUGACGGAGCUGCUUAAGCUUGGCGCUGCUCUAAAACCACAGGAGCGCUUCCUGCUAACUGCCGCGGCUGGCGCGGGUGACACCCUGGUCGUACGGACGCUGCUGCGCGCUGGAGUCAACGCCGGCAGCUGCGGCGGGCGCGCGUUGGUCGCCGCCAGCGCUGCGGGCCACGUGGCAGUCAUGGAGGUGCUCCUCCGUGCAGGUGUCAGUGCGCGUGCGGAGAACGGCAUGCCGCUGCGUGCCGCUUGCCAUGAGGGAAGGGUUGCGGCGGCGAGGCUGCUGCUCCGUCACGGCGCCGACCCGCGAGCGGCGGCCAGCGGCGCCCUGGCGGAGGCUGCCCGCGGCGGCCACCUGGAGCUGGUUCUGGAGCUGCUUGCUGCGGGCGCUGACCCGCGAGUCGAUGGCAGUCGUGCGCUGGUUGAGGCCUCCGCAGCGGGGCACGGCUGUGUUGUGCUGGCGCUGCUGGUGGCGGGGGCGCAGCCGCACGCGAGGAACGGCCUGGCGCUGAGGCACGCGGAGGCGGGAGGCCAUGAGCUUGUGGCUCGAGUGCUGCGAGCGGCAGGUCGCCCCGUGGACCCUGACUCCGGAAGUGGACCCGGUUUAGGGUCGGCUGGUGCUUCUUCUUCUUCUGGUACUAGUAAGGGGGGAAAGAGUGGCGCAGUGGCAACGGCGCCUGCGGCAACCUGGCGGCUUGCGUCACCCUCUGCCGUACGACCCGGCUUCGUUACAGCCCAUCAUCACCACUACCACCAUCACCACGACCACCACCACCACCUCCAUAAUUAUCAGGACCAGAUAGGUCAGCAGCAUGCUGUACAGAGCGCCAGAUGUCCGCAGCCAUCGCCCCGGUCAUCGCAGCAGCCGCCACAGCAGCAACAGCGACCCCAGCAGCAGCACCACAAAGCGGUCCAGCAGCAGCAACCGGCGCGAGGGCAGCUUGGCGACCCAAACUGCCAUGAUGCUGCGGACAACUGCGGGUUGGAUUACACGGGGCAGGGUGCUGACGCGGGGGCUCUGGGGUCACUGCCUGAACGGGGUUCAGAAGCGGCUCACAAGCCGGCGGCGGCGCAGUCUGUGGAGGGAGGAGCUUUUUCUCGGGUUGCUGAAGGUGCAGGAGUUACGACCGCGGCUGUCUUAACCCCCCAGCAGUCGCCAGCCUAG